AUCUCAUCAUCUUCUUCCAUGGAGAGGGUCAUCCUUUGUGCCUUCUCAUUGGUCUUCCUCAUGAUGGGGACUACGAUUACUGGUAGUGAUACUGGCAAGCAGGAGGAAUACCGAGCUCGUAAGCUGUUCGUCUUCGGCGACUCAUACGCCGACACAGGAAACCUGGGGAAGAAGCUGGGGAGGAACAUCGCGCGUUCCUGGUUUGAGCCUUACGGCAUGACCUUUCCCAAGAAGCCCGCCGGCCGGUUCUCCGACGGGAAGGUCCUCACCGACUACGUUGCUUCUCUUAUCAGAAUCAGUUCUCCCAUCCCCUAUAAGAUCAGAAGAGUCGGUGACAAGCUGAUGCUGCUACAAAAUGGCAUGAACUUUGCCGUCUCCGGCUCUGGCAUUUUCGACACGGGGAACUUCCAGAGAAACCUAUCCGCUCAGAUCGAUGAGUUCCAGUCUCAGAUCGACGCUGGCGUCUUCUCAGAACAUGACAUCAAGUUUUCUGUUGCGUUGAUCGUUGCGUCCGGGAAUGACUACAUGCACUUCUCUCAACUCGAUCCGAACUAUUUGCUGCAUCUCCAUCGGUUCAUGGAUCGUCUGUUCGCGCAGCUGAAGGCAGACCUGAAGCGCUUUGAUCACAUCGGGGUUCCGAAAGUGGUCGUCACCAACCUGCACCCGAUCCAAUGCAUCCCGUACUACACCCGGCAGACGAACUACACGAUUUGUCCCGCGAACAUAUCGGCGGCAGUGGCAGACCAUAACCGCAGGGUUGAUCGACUGGUGGAGGAAUUGGAUGGAGGUAGUAAGACAACAACCUUCCUGUCUCUUGACGUGAACACGGCCUUCUCAAACGUACUCCGUCAAGUGAAUGGAGCAGAGACGAUCAAGUACUUGUUGGUGCCAUGUUGCGAGAGUAGCUCCGGCACAGCAGCCUGCAGUCAGGUAGAUGCCCAGGGGAACAAGUUGUAUAGGGUGUGCCGCCACCCGGAGGAACACUUCUACUGGGACUCAGCACACCCGACUCAGGCCGGAUGGGCUGCAGCCUUCCAGUACCUCGAGCCCUCGCUACGCAGCUUCCUCCUCCCCUGUCCUGUUUGAGAUCUCAUGUUGCAGAGAUCAGCUUCCAUUGUUUCCAUUUUCUCGUCUCUUGUCAGGACGCUCGCUUGUCAGUGGAGGUCAAUUCUCAGUCAUCGAUCGCAGGUCUAAUUAGCCUAUCGUUAAUUUGAUUACGGAGAAAGACUAUUUGCGUCAUCGUUAACUC